AAAUGCAAAUAAUGAUAAAAGUUAUAAGCAGUAAAAAUUUUACAGCACCCACCUGUAACUACAGGGUGUCUAAUUAUGAAAUCAGGUCAGACAAAGUAAAUGACUUUACCAUAUACUAAAUUGAGACCUAGGAAUUAGACAAUUAGUGGUUUCUAACAUUGAGAACGUCACUGUUUAUUAUUUCACUACAGGUAAUGAUUCCCGAGUGUAUUUAUUCACUGGUAAAUUAAGAUAUCGUAUCUCAUAACGGCGACAUUUCGUGGCUGGUAAACUCAUCACGUGCACGGGUCACUGCCAGAAAGAGGGAUCGCCUCGCAUUACAGUCGUGUAAACCGUGGGACAAAAACGUCCGUGCAAAAAAGGCUAGACCAUUUGUGGACUGUUCGUGUGGAAUUCUAUUACGCGGCUUUAUUCACGUGUCAUAUGUGAUAUCUAUACGUCAGUAAAACGCGUACUUUCCUUUAGAAAAGGUAUAACGAAUUUCAACAACAGCAGCAACAAUUACAUUGUAAUAAGUACAAUUAAUUUAUUGUUUUGGAAAUAUGAAUGGCAUUUCAUACUGUGGAAAUGAUCAGAGUUUGUAUCAUUUAAAAACAAUUUUGACUAUAUUUCUUGAGAAGUAGUUCCAUUUUAUGAUAAACUAGUUUGUGUAAGUAAGAGAUGGAUAUAACGAAAGUGAAAAUAGUAUCAAAUGAACUAUGAACAGAACAGAAAAAAGAUACGCGGUGUCUGAUGACGCUGAAGUAGCAAACGGAGGUGUAAGCUAUCAAAGUUUUAAAAAGGAAGGACCAUGCGAAAGAAGAACCAAAUGCGAAAAAGGACUGAUUUUCCUCCUUGUUAUUUUCUUCUUGGCGGUGAUUGGGUUAAUAAUUGCUGUUGUACUUGUGAGGAAGGAGUCGGCUGACACAAAACCGGAAAUAUGUGGAACACCAGACUGUGCUCAAGCAACUGCAAGACUUCUAGAGAAUAUGGACAUGACAGUUGACCCUUGCCAAGAUUUCUACAUGUACUCGUGCGGCGCGUGGAAGAAGAAAAACGUGAUUCCAGAAUAUAGGUCAGGUUAUAACGUGUUCGGUGUAGUCAGAGACAAUGUCCAGGUGAUAAAUAAAUACCUGCUGGAAGACACGGCGUCGUACCCAGAUGUGCCGAGCAUUCAGAAAGCGAAAGACAUGUACGCGUCUUGUAUUGAUCUAGAUAAAAUCGAAAACAAAAAUUCUACCGUUGCUAUACCUUUGUUGGAGGAACUGGGCGGUUGGCCGGUCCUUGAAUCAAGCCCAGGCGGCAGCUGGUCGGCUAGCAACUUUAAUCUAUCUCAGCUGCUGAUCUUGCUCAGAAAAUAUAACAAUAGACCUAUAAUCAACAUAUAUAUCUCCUCAAAUGUUAAAGACUCAGAGAAGUACAUCAUCUACUUGGACCAGCCAAGCUUUGGUCUUCCGGGAAGACUGUAUUACCUACAAGACAGCUUAUCGCACAUGCGCGAGGCAUAUGUCACCCUUGCGUCAUCCAUCGCCAAGCUAUUUGGAGCUGAAGAAGCCAUUGCAGAGAGAGAAAUGAGAGAAAUUCUGGAACUGGAGAUCGACCUAGCAAACAUUAGCAUGAAGCCAGAGGAUAGGCGUGACAAUGAAGCUUUGUACAACAAAAUGAGAAUAUCAGAGCUAAAGCAGAACUUCACAGAACCGGGAUCCACCGAUCCUAUACAGUUUGACUGGUUAGAGUACAUCGGUGGUGUCUUUGAUCUGGAGGGUGUGAAGAUACCGAUGAACGAGAGUGAACAUGUUGUCGUAAGAGCCGUGCCAUACUUCGAGAAACUGUUCAACGUUCUUCAGAAACACGGGAAACGCAAAGUUACUAACUAUUUAAUGUGGUACGUUGUAUUCAAAGAAGUUGUUGGUAGGCUGGGCAGUAAAUUCCUUGACGCAAGAUCUUCAUACAGAGAGGUUGUGUAUGGAACAACAUCGACUACUGACAGGUGGAAAGACUGUGAAUCUUAUACUACGAGUUUGUUUGGCAUGGCGGUAGGGCACAUGUUUCUAAAGGAAACAUUUGACGAAUCUGCGAAGAAAGUGGCGCUUGAUAUGAUCAGUAACAUUAGAGCUGCUUUUAAUGAGCUGCUGGAAGAGCUUGAUUGGAUGGAUGAACCAACAAAAGAACUUGCAAGAGAAAAGGCCAAGUCAAUGAGGGAAUGGAUUGGGUAUCCGGACGAUGUUGUAAUUGUGGAGAAAGUAAACGAGCUGUAUGAAAAUGCUACGAUAAACAAAACCGAGUAUUUCCAGAAUGUCCUCAACAAUUUAAAGAGAACAGCGUCCACUGGUUUACGAGACCUAAGGAAAAAAUACGACAAGAAUGUAUGGACCACCCCUCCGUCCACAGUUAAUGCAUUUUAUAGCUCAAUCCUGAAUAACAUAAUGUUUCCAGCCGGAAUAUUGCAGCCACCAUUUUAUAGCAAGGGUCAACCGAAAUCGAUGAAUUUUGGCGGAAUUGGUGUAGUUAUAGGACACGAAAUUACACAUGGCUUUGAUGACAGAGGACGACAGUACGACAAGGAUGGCAAUCUAAAAGAAUGGUGGGAUGCUUCAAUUAUUACAAACUUCAAAGAAAAGGCACAGUGUAUUGUUGAUCAAUACGGUCAGUUCGUAGUACCAGAAGCAAAUUUAAGUGUAAAUGGCAUCAACACACAAGGCGAAAAUAUAGCAGAUAACGGAGGACUCAAGCAAAGCUUUCGGGCAUACAGAAAAUGGGUGGAACAACGUGGAAGCGAGGAACCGAUGUUGCCGGGGCUGAAUUUUACUAACAACCAGCUGUUCUUUAUAAAUUUUGCUCAGAUCUGGUGUAACAACAUGCGUAAAGAAGGUAUGAUCAAUUCCAUUAACAAUGGUGUUCACAGCCCUGGUCAGUUCAGAGUGAUCGGGACAUUACAGAAUUCUGGAGAUUUUUCAGCUGCAUUCGGCUGUAAGAAGAAUAGUUUCAUGAAUCCACAGAAAAAGUGUUAUGUGUGGUAAUAAGUAUGGCGAUAAAUCAUUAAACGAUCUUGAUAUUAAGAUAACGACGAAAUCACGCGCUACGUCUGAAAUCUCGAUAAAAUAAGAUUGAACGAGGUAGUUUUAUCUCCAUAACUUGCAUAACGAGAAAUAUUUAGAUUAAAUAUUUAUUGUAUUACUUAUUUUAUGAAAAUUCUUGUUUCACGUAACGUAUUUACUAAAUCUAUACCGAGUGUGUCUGUGAUGUGUAGUAUAGUUUUCAGAAUUAAAACAAGAGUAGAUGCUAAAUACGCGGGCGAUUCAGAAAAGUUAGUGUUUGCUGCAUUACUUUACGUUUCAAAAAGAGGUUCAGACAUGUCUUAAUAAUGUUAAAUAUCAACCACUGAAACAAGAAUACACGAACGAGGUUCAAGCACUAACACAGGAGUGUCAGUUCAAUGCCAAAAUAUUUAAUCAAGUAUUUUUAUUGUCACGAUAUAGAAGAGGUUGACAAAGCCUGUUGUGUUCCUGUAUUAAUAAGCUUGUACUUACGUGCCCGGUUCGUAAACAUUUGUUUUAAAAUUUGUUAAUAAAGCAGGCCUAGUGGUAAAUCGUGUUUAUGAACAUCGACUUAGAUUCGUUUGUUGUGCCGUCUGUUAUUUUGAAGGACCGAUGAACAUUUUAUUACGAUUGAUCUUGUUGUGUGCGUACUCUGUAUUCAUGAAAUCCUUAUUAUAUUUGUCUCAGAUUAGGGUUUUGAAUUUUAAAUAUCUACACGGUGUUAUACUCUUUUUAUGUAUAUAUCUCUUGCUAUGUUAUUUCUGUAGUCCAUAUGUAUAAAAUGUAUUAUGCAUUUUAUAUAAAAAAAAACUUUGUUGCUUUU